ACAUCCGCAUAAUAACAAAACUCUCGAGGACGAAUUGACGGGGAAAGGGGAUGAUCACUUCACAGAAAUUACUUUUGCCGCACUCAUGGCGUGGUUUAGUGGGGAAAAUAUCACCGAACAUAGUACUGAAGACGAUACCGUGCACGCAGGAUAAGACCUUGAAUAGAUUCUAUUCGUGUUACAAGUAUAAUAGCACAAUAAAAUCUGUCCCUUUGGCUGGUGUCUCCGGAAGCUGUACUCUUUCUCAGGGUUUUGUGCCAAGGUCUUUAUUAGUAAAUCGACAGUUAUGGCUUGCUGGUGUAACGCAGGACAGGGGAUAUAGGUCAGGACGCAGUAGACAGGACACAAGUCAUGAGGACGAGACACCACAGCCCCAGAACAUCUCCCCACAGCUAAUGGACUUCCCCUGGGUGAUCUGGCCCAGCCUUUGGCACACCAUUCGCAACUGGAUCUUCGCCAACCUGAUUAUCCGGCCAUACCUUGACAGAGAAUUUUCCUUGUCUACCUUCAAAGCUGGAGCUAUUCAGGCACUUGUUCAUGUGUCCCAAGAGUUGGCAAAGGGCAACUUUUCUGCUCUCGAAGGUUUAAUUAUAUCAUCAAGUAUGGAAGAAGUCAAAAGAAACUUUGCAAAACUGUCUUUGAAGCAACGUCUAGACCUGGGAGUUGUCGCAGAGGACAUUUUCUUUUCAUUCCCGUACCAGAUUGGGGUCAUCUUUACCAGUUGGGGCUUUGGGUGUUGGGGAUUCCAAGAUCACUUGGAACAGGCAGCAGAAUACAGGCAGUAUCAGAGAGUGUAUGAUAAUCAUGAUCGCAUUUCAAUUGCUAAUUACAGAUUCAUACGAGAAUUUACAAGAGGAGUUGAAGAUGAGUGGACGGUGAAUGUCGCAAACCACUUCAAACCUGGGGAAUACAUUCAGCAGCGAUAGAGACCUCAAUAAGAACCUAAUAGAAACACACAAAUUUUAUAGUUACUGUUUUCAAGAUUUUACAAAUAGCUUGCAGAGUUGAUCUUCAUCAACACACCCUUUUUUUCUUCACAUUUUUUUUAUUGUACUUUCACUUGAUAUCUCUCUGUCUUUCUAUGGAUGUAUAGGUAAAUGCAAGUUUGAAGAAGACAAGUGAAAAAGAGAGCAUGUGAAAAGUAAUCUAGAGAGCCAGUCUAGUUGAAGAUUCAGAUAUGAGAGUAAUAAUGAAAUCAUUAGGUACACAAUUUAAAAGUAUGUAUGUGUGCUUGUGUAGGUGAUUUUCAGUAAAAGGCAUACAUAUCUAUGAAAACCUUUCCAGUACUCUUCCAAGUACCUGAUGAAAGACUAAGUAAUUUGCUUUGCUUGAGCUAGUCUGAGAUUUUGUGUAUAAUUAGGCCAGUGUUGCCUGUAGGUUACAACAUGUCUGGCCCACCCAAUUUCCGUAAUCUCUUGGGUACCUGUCAGUCCACCUUAUUGUCUAAGGCUAAAAGUAGCCUUGGUACAUGAUGAAUUAGGAGAGUCAUCUAAUCUUCCCUCCAUGCUACUUUUUCAAAGAGAUUGCAGAAACUUCACAAGUUUUAUUAUAGGUGUGUGUGGGUUUGGUUGGGUGCCUACUGUCAAGGUGAUUGACAUUGUAAUCCUUGGGAUGAUGAAUGAAAUUUGUAAUAAAUAUUAUGAGUAUGACAAGUGUCAUGUCCCAUGUCUGCAGUACAAGGUCAUAUGGUUAUUCACAAAUAUAUAUAUACAUACUUAGUGUGAAGAGUAUCUGUCAGGCGUUAUUGGCAGUGGUGUUUGUAUAGCCUAUUCAUUAUUUGUCAUACAAUGUAUGGUCUUAUAUUGUCAGUGUUUAGCAUCCUAUAAUUAAGGAGUGCUCUUCAAAAUCCUUCAGGUUUUUGAUAGAAGAUAUUUUGUAAGAGAUGAUAAUAAAGAUUUAAGCAGUUAA